CAUACACUAUAUUUCCAAAAGUAUUGGGACACCCCUCCAAAUCAUGUGAUUCAGGUGUUCCAAUCACCUCCAUGGCCACAGAUGUAUAAAAUCAAGCACCUAGGCAUGCAGACUGCUUCUACAAACAUUUGUGAAGGAAUGGGUCGCUCUCAGGUUCUCCGUGAAUUCAAGCGUGGUCCUGUGAUAGGUUGCCACCUGUGCAACAAGUCCAUCCGUGAAAUUUCCUUGCUACUAAAUAUUCCACGCUCAACUGUUAGUGGUAUUAUAACAAAGUGGAAGCAACUGGGAACAACCAAGUGGUUGGCCACUUAAAAUGACAGUGCGGGGUCAGUGCAUGCUGAAGCACACAGUGCACAGAAGUCACCAACUGUCCGCAGAGUCUAUAGCUAAAGACCUCCAAACUUUGUGUGGCCUUCAGAUUAGCACAAAAGUGCGUAGAGAGCUUCAUGGAAUGGGUUCCCAUAGCUAAGCAGCUGCAUCCAAGCCUUACAUCACCAAGUGCAAUGCAAAGCGUUGGAUGCA